UUAACAAUUGUCACCACUUCCGUACCUUACGAAAUUUUUUUUUCGAAGGCUUCUCAAAAGAACAGAAAAAGCUGGGAUUUGUAACUUUUUAAAUCAAUUAAUACAUUUCACUGUGAUUUAUUACUUAAACACUUAUCGAAGUUACGACUGUUUCAUUAUCUUGUUGUAUAUUUUUAAUUAAAAGAGACUGUUGAUAUUUUCAUUCGAUGCAUCGAAAAUAUCGAUGUUUUUAUGCGAUACAUCGAUAUGCAUGGAUGCUAUAUUUCGAUGCAUCAAAUCGAGAAAACAUCGAUGUAUUUUUUUGACUUGCAUCCGUAGGGGAGGUGGAUGGGUUGUGGGACCUAAAACCCCACCCAUUAGAAAGAGCGCAGUCCAAACUUUAAGAAAAAACAUCAGUUGCCUAGAGGUUUACAUAGUCGAAAAUAACGUUGCAAUAUAUGAAGGAACAUCUACAUUUGUCAAAGGCUUUAUAACCACUGCAUCUAAACAACUUUUAAAUACGGACCAACUUCUAAUGAAAUCGCAGGUUACUAUGCAAUCAGUUUUAUGUUCGUUAAAAAAUUCAAAAGUGAAUAUAAAGCAGCUGCAUGAAAAAAACAGUAAUGUUUUCACCACGAACUUUUUACCAACUAUUAACCUUUAAUUUUAUAUAGAAGAAUAAAACUUCAUAAAGAAAUUAA